AUGCCUCUCAAUACUUCCGCGCUCUACGGAGCGAGCAACCCCAAGUAUGUUGCGUUUCCCUCCCGCCGGUCCGUUGUCCACAGCACGCAGGGAAUCGUUUCUUGUUCGCAACCAAUCGCCGCGAAAUGUGGCAUCGAGAUUCUCAACAAGGGUGGUAACUGCGCCGAUGCAGCCGUGGCAGUGGCAGCGGGUCUCAACCUAGCGGAACCUGGCAGCACGGGCAUUGGAGGUGACAUGUUUUGCUUGUUCUACAAUGCAGCGACCAAGAAAGUGCAUGCCAUGAACGGCUCAGGACGGUCUGGUCGAAACUGCUCGUUGGAGACGAUCAGGAAGAGCUUGGGACUGAAAGAUGGCGAGGUCGGCGGGAUCCCAACAUCGAGUGUACAUGCUGUUUCGGUACCGGGCGCUGCGGCCGGUUGGGUUGAUACGGUUGAGAAGUUCGGCAGUGGGAAGCUCAGCCUGGCAGAGAUUCUGGAACCCGCUGCAAGGAUCGGGGAGGAGGGUUUCCCCGUCAGCGAGAUUGAGGCAUACUAUUGGCAGAGAUCCGAAAGGCAGAUACGGAACGCCUCGCCCAACUUUGCUGAAAUGCUUAAGAAUGACCCCAAAGCUCCAGAUGGUUGCCGAGCACCUGCGCCAGGCGAGAUUAUGAAGAACCCGACAUUGGCCAAAACUUUCCGCGAGGUGGGGAAGAACGGAAAGGCUGGGUUCUACACGGGUCGAAUUGCGGAAGAGCUGGUGAAGGUGGUUCAGGAUCUUGGAGGCCAUUUGACCUUGGAAGAUCUUAAGAAUCACAUGGACGUGGGUACGGAAGAGACGAAGCCAAUCAGCCUGAAGUUUCAAGCACAAAAUGUCAGCAAGUCACACGGCGAGCACAUGGACGACAAAAGUGAGGAGGGCAUCGAAUUGUGGGAGCAUCCGCCAAACGGCCAGGGAAUCGUCGCUUUGAUGGCAUUGGGAAUAAUCGAGCAGUUGGAGAAGGCCGGCAAGAUUCCCAAGUUUGGCCGCGAAGAUCACAAUUCCGCCACAUAUCUCCACGCGGUUGUCGAAGCGUUACGUAUAGCUUUCGCGGAUGGAAACUGGUGGAUCGCGGAUCCGAACGUGUCCAAAGUACCUUCGGAGGGCAUGAUCAGCCCGGAGUACCUGGCGGAGCGAGCAAAGCUGUUCAACCCAGAGAGAGCCAGCUCUCAGGUUGAUCACGGCUCACCUGCCUAUAUAUCCUCCGACACAGUCUACUUUGCGUGCAGUGACAGCGAAGGUAAUGCCAUUUCGUUCAUCAACAGMAACUACGCUGGAUUCGGCACUGCCAUUAUUCCCAAGGGUUGCGGCUUUACUCUGCAAAACCGGGCUGCAAACUUUGCUCUGCAACCCACAAAUCAUCCCAACAUUCUGGAGCCGAACAAGAGACCUUACCACACCAUCAUUCCGGCAUUAGUAACCAACUCCAGCGAUCAGAGCUUACACAGCGUCUAUGGUGUUAUGGGUGGUUUCAUGCAGCCUCAGGGACACGUGCAGGUACUGCUGAACCAAUUGGUCUUUGGGCUUACGCCACAAGCUGCGCUGGAUGCUCCAAGAGUGUGCAUUGGUGCCGGUAUGCCUGAUGCCGGCGAUGUCAUGGAUAGAACUGUCUAUCUCGAAGAUGGCAUGAGUCAGGAGACGAUUGAUGGGAUGAGAAAGCUAGGACACAAAGUUGAGGUCGUCAAGGGUAUGAACCGGUCACUUUUCGGUAAAGGGCAGAUCAUUCGAUGGCAUGUCGAUCCUGUGGAAGGAAGAGGAGUUUGGAGUGCUGGUAGCGACCCCAGAGGAGAUGGCCAUGCCGUGCCUUUCUAA